AUGAAAUUAUUAUUAGGUAUCGCAUGCCUAUCAAAGACUCACUUAUGUAUUCUACUGGCUGGUGUUAUUUUUAGCAGUUUGUCUCUUGCCUCAGGAGUCUCUAUCCCGCUAUAUUUACAGAAGCCAAGUGAUCCAAAUAAACAUAUCUUCGGUACUUUAAUUCACCACAUAACUCCAGAGGAACCCCAAGGGCAUUUUGAGUUGACUGCAAUCAACCAGGAAUUCGAACCAGAUGUGUAUUGUGUGGGUGCUGAUACAUCUGAUGGACGUCAUUCAUGUUUCGCAUAUCUAGCUAUCGACUUACCCCUAAGGUACGAUCUUAUCAUUGAUCGUCUCCCUCAUUGUAGCGACAGCUUGAAGCUGUCCCUAAAGCUAAAUCCCAAUACAACAGGGAUUCAAAUAGUCGAAAGGGAAACCAUUCCAGGCCACGAUGCUCAACCCUUAAAGCGCAAGAAGAUAACGAAGACCUAUAAUGACAAGAAGGCCAAGGUAGUUCCCGGAACAGCUGCUUUCAAAGAAGAUGUUGAACCUGACAAACGGUCGUUUAUACAGAAGAACUGGAAAGUCGUUUUAAUUGGCGUUUUGGUCUAUGCAUUCCUUUCAAAGGGGGACAAGAGUAGCAAUGACAGCAAACAGGAUUCCAAGAAAGACUAG